CUUCAAGCAACUACUGUCCGUUUAUCUUACAUGAAUAAUUGUUGAUUUGAAGAAGGUAAACCAGCCGCAAAUAACCAUUUAGUUUAAUAAACCAAAAAUAAAAACAUAACUCAUAGAAGGUAGUGUGACACAACAUAUUAUUAUUAUUUUAAAAGGUGGAAGGUUGCUAUGCGGUUUAGAAGAGAUUCGUUUAAUUUAAAUUUGUAAUAUAUUUAAAAAAGCAGGAAGUCACUGGGUAUGCGUAAUAAAUAUUCAAAUUUAAAUAAACCAGAUACUAUGUUUUAUUAGUUAGUGACAGUGAAUGCAAGAUUAUGAUUACAAUUAACUUACAUUAUUAGGAAUGUAUGGAACGAAGAAGAAAAAAACUACAGGCAAAUCGCAGGAAAAAACAAUAUUUAAACUUUGUAUAUGCCAAGUUUUAAUCAUUUUAACCAAACACACAAAGUUAGUAAUUAGAAACAAGCAAAAGUGAAAUAAGUUAUGGUUUUGCAGAGCUUUUGAAUAGCUGUUCAGGAUCAUUAUUAGAUAUAAAUGAAUGUCUCCACAUAGUUUGAAAUGAAUGCUCUACAUAUUAUUGUUUCGUUUUAUACACUAUUUAUUACCUACAGAACUGUAGAGGCUGUAUAUAAUGUAGGAGUUGGUAGAGCGGACUGUACUGGACCUAUAGCAGAUGUAACAUUGAUGGGAUACGGAGACCCAUUUCAACUAGGCUGUGGUCUUCAUUUAAGACAAUUCGCAAGAGCAUUUAUUUUUGAUGAUUCUGUAUCGAGGGUACUAUUCGUUACUGUAGAUGCAGGUAUGGUUAACCACCCAGUAAAACAAGCGGUCAUCGAAAAAUUAGAUGUUAUAUAUCCAGGGGGCAUUUACACUUUAAAAAACACUCUAAUUAGUGGCACUCAUACACACAGUGCUCCAGGUGGUCAAUUUAAAGAUAUAUUAUUAGAUAUAUCAGCAUUUGGAUUUGUAAAGGAGUCUUUUAAUGCAAUAGUUGCUGGAAUAGUUCGAGCAGUUCAAAGGGCUCAUGAUAAUAUUGUAGAAUCAAGAAUAAUAAUUAAUUCAAAGGAGUUAUUAGAAACCAGCAUAAACAGAAGUCCAGCCUCCUAUUUACUGAAUCCUAAAGAAGAGCGAACUCGGUAUAAAUAUAACGUGGAUAAGGAUAUGGUUCAAUUAAAAUUUGUACGAAAGUCUGAUAAUGUUGUAUUUGGAGCACUCAAUUGGUUUGCCGUACAUGGAACAUCUAUGAACAAUACGAACUGUCUUGUGUCAUCAGACAACGUUGGAUAUGCAUCGCUAUUAUUAGAGUUAGACUCAAAUAAAGGUUUUACUGCGGGAAAGGGACCUUUUGUGGGAGCAUUUGCAUCAACAAAUUUAGGUGAUGUAUCCCCGAACACCAAAGGAGCGAUAUGUAUUCUCACAGGGAAGCCAUGUGAUUAUAUACACAGCACUUGUGGUGGAAAUACUAAAUAUUGUAUCGCGUCUGGCCCAGGAAAGGACAUGACAGAAAGUACGGAAAUAAUUGCGACCAAUUUAUUUCAUAAAGGAAAGGAACUGUUAGAAGAUCAAAAUGGAAUUGAAUUAAACGGCGAUAUAAAAUAUAUUCAUAAAUUUGUUUACAUGCCUAAUCAGACAACAACGGUGCAGCUUAAAGAUGGACUUUUGGUCGAGGCAAAAGGAUGUUUACCUGCAUUGGGUUAUAGUUUUGCAGCUGGAACGACUGAUGGGCCUGGAUUAUACCCUUUUAGGCAAGGAACAAAAAACGAUAAUCCGCUAUGGACUUUCCUACGAAAUAAAAUUGCUGCACCUACGCAAGAAGAUAAAGAUUGUCAUUAUCCCAAACCAAUUUUACUAAUGACUGGAAGGAUGAAAUGGCCGUACGAAUGGCAUCCAUCAGUUGUUUCCACUCAAAUUUUUAAAAUCGGUCAACUUAUCCUAGCAGGAGUACCUGGAGAAUUUACAACAAUGGCAGGAAGACGUUUGCGAGAGGCAAUUUACCAAGAGGCUAUUCAAAAUGGAGCAGACAAAGACACUAAGGUUGUAAUUGCGGGUUUAAGCAAUUUUUAUACACAUUAUGUGACUACUCGAGAAGAAUAUCAGCUUCAAAGAUACGAGGGAGCAUCCACAUUGUUUGGACCAAAUACUUUAGCAAUUUAUAUUAAAAUAUUUAGAGAAAUGACAGCAGCAAUUUUAAAGGGGGAAACAGUAAACGACGAAGGAAUGCCAUAUAAGUUUCCAAAAACUCUUUUCUCGUUACUGCCUCCAGUAAUGCUGGACAGUCCUGGAACUGGUGAUUUUGGUGAAUGUAUUGUUCAACCGAAACCCUUAUACCAUAUAGGAGAUACGGUGUCUACUGUUUUUAUAUCUGGUCAUCCAAGAAAUAGUAAUUUGCAAGAAGAUACAUUUCUAACUGUCGAGAAAAAAGAUAAGAAUUCAUGGAAAACUAUAGCAACAGAUGCCAGUUGGGAGACUAAGUUUAUCUGGAAGAGAGCUUCAUUACCAGGAGAGAGUCGUGCUACGGUCAGAUGGGAAAUAAAUAAUAAUGUAGAACCAGGAACAUAUAGAAUUACUCAACAUGGAUAUUAUAAACCAGGAAUGUUUACGACUAUACGACCAUAUUUUGGCAGUUCCGAUAGUUUUAACGUAACAACAUAAAAAAUAACAAAUGUCUUCAAAACAAUGGACAUACAUAAUAUGUAAAUAUAAUAAAACUUACCAA